ACCACUUCCUUCUCGCGCGAAUUAUCAAACAUGGCUGAGACAGGCAUAAUCUCGUACUUUACGCCGAACAGAUAACACAUUCACCGACAUCUUAGGGGAGAUCUACCUUCUCGAUCGAGGACUUUGUAAUAAAGUAAUACAGAGCUACUUUCUUUAUUUCAAGAAUGGCUUCCGCAGAAGGUGACGUUCCUGCUGAAAUGCAAGACAGGGGAAAGUGGUAUGGAGAUGCUGUGGAUUACUGGAAAAGUGUUCCUGCAACAGUGAAUGGAAUGUUAGGAGGUUACGGUCACAUCUCACCAACAGACAUCAAAGAUUCAAAGAGGUUUCUGAAGAAUUUUCUGGAUCUGUCAGAUAAACAGGAUGAGAAUAAACCUUCCAAGAUGAGGCGUAUUGAACCCUUAACAACAGAGGACACCUCUACAACCCAAAAAAUAAAACCAUUUACAGCCCUUGACUGUGGUGCUGGAAUUGGUCGUGUCACAAAGAACUUGCUCUUACCAUUAUUUAACACAGUGGACAUGGUGGAGCAAAAUGCCGAUUUUCUAGAAGAAGCAAAAAAUUAUCUGGGAGAUAAAAAGGAUCGUAUUGGACAAUUUUAUCCUCAAGGUCUGCAGGAUUUUAAACCUGAACCAGGACGCUACAGUAUCAUUUGGUGUCAGUGGGUACUCGGGCAUUUGACAGAUGAUGAUUUUGUGGAUUUUUUCAAGCAAUGUAAGUCAGGACUCAUGCCAGGUGGUUUAAUAUGCGUCAAGGAAAAUGUUACAAAGGGUGGGGUUGACUUGGAUGCUCAAGACAGCAGUGUAACCAGGUCUGAUGAAAAGCUCAGAGAAUUGUUCUCAAAGUCUUCACUGACUGUGAUCAAGGACGAAGUACAGACGAACUUUCCCACAGAACUCUAUGUUGUAAAAAUGUAUGCCUUAAGACCAUAUGUCUGAUACCAAGUUAGCCUUCAAGCGUUUAUCUCCAAGAAGUCAUAACUGCGCAAUGAGUCCAAAACCAGUUGGAGACCAACGAAAGAUCUGAAUUACGACAACAAAUUAGCACUCUCUGGCUCAUAAAUUUGAUUAUUCUCAUCACCAACUUGCUUGAUAAUGUAGUGAAAUCGUUGCGAGAAAUUACGUAUUUAUCUUCUCUAUGAAAAGGGCUAACAGCCAUUAACACAAUGCCAGAUAGGUUUUUAGUUGAUCGUGUUGUUUGAUCCCCCGGGUCAGGGUAGUCUUAAAAAGGUCUGUUGUUGGGAGUAGCGACGGACUAUUGGACAACCUGAGUGGAAGGCAUCAUCAGAGUCAGGAUAUACUCAUGAGUUCUGUUCAGGUUGUCAAAACAUCAGCCAACGCACCAACAACAAUUUUUUCUAGUUCUAUCACUUACACAGUCAGUCUUCACUGACUGUUAGUCUUGGGCUCAAGCUUGUCGCUUCGUGUUUGAGCUGGUUUUUCCUAUGUUCUCUAUUUUUUAUUGUACAUAUGGAGUUGAAACCAAGAGCGAAGAGUUUUUUUUAAUAAGUUGUUAAUAUUCACAGUCCAUACGGUUUUGAAAUGCAGCAAAUAGUUAUGUAUUGAUUUAUUACUAAACCUGCAAGUAAUAUUUGUCUGAUUGGAUAUCUUUUAACAGUGGUUGGUUGGGUUGGAAAGAGUUGGUGAAAACAGAGUAAGUCCCCAGCCCUCACAGAUAAUUUUAUGGGAGGGAUGUUCCUAAUAGGAUAGGAAAGACUAGGAUGAUUAGCGCGACUCUUCAAGGUUAUCACUCAGAGAUCAUUCCGUUGGUUUUCAAUAUUCUUUUUUAUUUUCAAUAAAGCCCUUUUCGAUUGAGUGUCGUAAAAUCAAAACCAAAGUUAUUACAACAGCUUAUCAGAACACCGGAAAAUAUCACAAGGAGCCAAUGAGAACUCAAGAAUUUAAUGUGACAUAUGAAGUCGGCUUUAAACGCGGGAAAGUGGGAACGAUCUAGUCAUGAUUGGUAUCAGGCCUCCAUCUGAUUGGCCAGACCAAUCACAAGACGUAGCGAACGAAACCAAUGCAAUCCGAGACCAAUCCCAACUUCCUUAUGGUGCUCGAUGGAAAAUUACGUAACUUGAUACUCAAAAGAAGUCUAUUAUUGUAAAUAUGUACAGGUGUUUAUUGGAAUUCGAAAUGCCUAAUAUAAUUCCAGAGUUAGAUUUCUA